AUGGUCCUCGGACUGCGAGAUCUUUUUCUCCAGGGCAAAACCCUCCUGAGGGCGAUCGGUAAGGGGGCCCAGCUGGCCGUCACUGAUCCCAAGUUCGAGACUGAGAAUGCGCAGGCUCUGCACUUUCUCCGUCAUCACCUGUCACCUACUCUGAAAAAUGAGUAUAUGGCUGAGCGCAGUGCUUCUGGCCUUUGGACCGCUCUUAAGCAGCGGUUUGAGCGGCUGAAGUACACCGUGAAGCCACGUGCAGAGGCAGAGUGGAUCCGUCAGAGGUUUGCGGACUUCAAGACGGUUGGGGAGUACAAUUCGGCUCUGCACCGGAUUUGUACGACUCUUUGGUUGUGUGGUACUGAGAUUACCGACUCCCAGAAGAUUGAGAAAACCCUAUCCACUUUCCACCCCGACGCGGUCCAGUCCUCACGGAACUACCGCCAGGGGAAUUACACGAGGUAUUCAGAGUUGAUUGACGUCCUCCAGGUGGCGGAGGCGCAAGACGAGGUUCUCAAAAAGAACUUUGUCGCGCAACCACUUGGGGGGAGUUCUCGCCAGGAGGUGAACGCUCUCAAAGUCCGCAAGCCUCAACAGAAGAAGAGGGGCCGGAAGAGCAAGAAGAAGGGCCCUCACCCCCCCUGCCCGGCUAAGCAGAACAAGCCGGGUAAGGGAGGGCAAAGGCCUCAGGACUGCUUCCGUUGUGGCUCGGUGGAGCAUUUCUCCCGCCAGUGCCGCGCACCACAGGAGGUCGUUGAUGCAUAUAAGGCUCGGAAGGCACGUGAGACGCACCUCGCCUUGGUUCAGGAGGGAGCUCCACCGGCGCCCAUGGCGGGGCACCCGUGA